AUGCUGGACAUGUACCAGUUCCCAGGCGACGACACGCCCUUCAUCAAGGGCUCGGCGCUCAAAGCCUUGAACGGAGACACCGGGGACUACGGGGUGCCGGCCAUCAAGCAGUUGAUGGAAGCUGUGGACAGCCACUUCCCAGAUCCUGCGAGGGAUGUUGACAAGCCCUUCCUGAUGGGCAUUGAAAGUGUCAUGGCCAUCACAGGAAAGGGAACGGUGGCCACCGGCCGAAUCGAGCGCGGGAUUGCGAAGACCGGAGACACCAUCGAGAUCGUUGGUGUGAAGGACAAGCCAAUGAAGGCCACCAUUGCAGGGAUCGAGAUGUUUCACAAAACCCUGGAUGAAGGACAGUCCGGUGACCAGUGCGGUGUCAUGUUGAAGGGUGUCAAAAGAAAUGAGAUCCAACGAGGGCAGGUGCUUUGUGCGUCGGGCACGGUGAAGACGUACUCAAAGUUCGAUGCAGAUAUCUACGUCCUGAAAGAGGAUGAGGGAGGUCGAAAGAAACCUUUCUUCUCCAGCUACAGACCACAGGCAUUCAUUAGAACUGCGACCGUUACAGUGGAAGUGCAGUUGCCAGACAGCGUUGAAAUGGCCAUGCCAGGCGACUCACUGUCCAUUAGCCUCAACACAGAGAAGCCCAUGGCUUUGGAGGAGGGGCUUCGCUUCGCUCUGCGCGAAGGUGGUCUCACGGUUGGUUCAGGUAUCAUUACCAAGUGCCACUGA